AUGUGCAUUUUACUAACGUCGUCUUUGCAUCCCGACUAUCCAUUUAUAUUACUCUCCAAUCGAGACGAAUAUUUCAGCCGUAAAACAGAAUUGGCCUCGUUCAGAGAUGAGUCACAGACACAAUUACGACCUGCAGAUCUUGCUCGAGAAGAGCAUGGGACUUGGAUAGGGGUAAACAAGGCUGGAAAAGUUGCUGUGCUGGUGAAUUUCCGAGAACCAUACACGGGAGAUCCCGUUGGAGAAAUCUCGAGGGGACUUAUACCGGUGAUGUUUCUCGAAUCAAAACAGCCCUCUGAUAUAUGGGAAAAAGUAGUCGGGGAACAAACUCAAAAUUUUCAGCAUGUUGGAGGAUUCUCACUGCUAUACGGAGAGCUAAAAAGAAGAAGAGGCAAUUCUGAGGGAAUUGAACCUCUACACAUACUUUCGAAUAGAUCAAGCAAAAAGAAUACCGUUCUCAAGGGACGGGCCACCGUGGGACUGUCAAACUCUGAAUUUGAGAAACCAUGGCCCAAAGUACGCAUUGGUACAAAUGUGCUCGAGAGAACUAUUAAGUCCUCAGUGGCACAGGACUGGUCAGAGGAGUUACUAGUUCAAAAUCUGUUCACAGUGCUUUCCACCCCAACCCCUGAGUCAAGCCAAUGGCAGGGUCUCACAUUCUCCCAGGCAUUCGAUAUGUUCCCAAAAAGUGUAUUUAUACCGCCGGUGAAGUCGGACACGGGGUCCGAUUACUAUGGCACUAGAACGCAGACUAUCAUGUUACUAAGAAAAGAUGGUUACAUGAAGUUCAUUGAACGCAAUCUUCAUUCAAGCCCAAAUUUGUUUGAAAUUCCGCAGAUUAGUGAAUACGGCUUUCAAUUGGACGGCUGGAACUCUUGA